AUGCCCGACUUAUCUAUUCCAGAGAACCUUCCGACAUAUUUGCAAAACCAAUUGAAUGAGCUAGUGGAUGAUUUCACAGAGGAAAACUUGACUCUGAAGGGCUACCAAAACAAGCGGAAACAACUGUUGGAUAACUAUGCUCGCGGUAAGAGCAAUCCUUUGACACCAGUCAAGUCUCAGGUCCAUCCUCAAUCAGUGAAUCAUUCUAGAACACAAAGUUGUAACUCCACAAUAAGGACGGGCCACAGCACGCCGCAUAUCGGUGACGAUAGUUCUAUAGCAUCUUCCAUAAACCGGAGUCGAAAUGGUGAUUUGGACAGCAUGAGCCCUGCGCUGCAUGCUUCGCAACAGCAUAAUCGUGAAACGCAACACGCAAAAACUCCGCAGGGUAGGCACCACUCUCUUUAUCGAGUAACUACCGUUAAUUCUAAUUCUGAUUAUUCUUCCCCCUCCAGCAGAAGAAAGAGAUCUUCCAUACAGCUUUCAUUACCUUCAAAUGAAAUUACUGGUGUACCAUAUAAUCCCAUGGUUCCUUUAUUACCACGUCAGGAGCACCCAGUUGCUGCGGAGUCUCUGCCGUCAAUUGUUAGGGGACGCUUUGAUCAUUAUUCAUCAGAAACUGCAUUUAUUAGCAUUAAUGAAAAGGGUAAAGAGACAAGUAUUUCAUGGGAUAGGUUGUAUCUGAGAGCUGAGAAAAUUGCGUAUGUUUUGAGUAAGGAAAAACUAUACAAGAUGGACAAAAUUCCAUUAUGGUAUAAUAGAAAUGAAGUUAUUGAAUUCACGAUUGCUUUAUUAGGUUGUUUUAUCGCCGGCAUGGUCGCUGUUCCUGUGUCAUUUGAAACUUAUUCAGUUGCCGAAAUCACUGAAAUAAUCAAACUUACCAAUUCGAAGCAAAUAUUGAUUUCAAAUGAUUGCCAUAAUCAACUAGAAAAUUUAUACAGUACUGUGAACCAUACUAAGAUGAAGUUGACCAAGAACGAUUUCUUUUCACAGAUCAAUUUUAUUAAGACAGAUGAUUUAGGAGCAUAUUCAAAAGCUAAAAAAACUGCCCCGACCUUCGAUAUACCAAAUGUUUCGUAUAUAGAAUUCACUAGGACUCCGUUAGGUAGAUUGUCAGGUGUUGUGAUGAAACAUAAAAUCCUUUCAUAUCAGUACAAAACAUUGGCUGGUAUUUUAAACUCAAGGGUUUUACCGCAUUGGAAGAAAAACGAAAUCAACAGAUCUCCUCACAAGAAGGAUACUUGCCCGCGGUACACUAUUUUGAAUAGCUUAGAUCCAACAAGGUCAACUGGCUUAAUUCUAGGUGUCUUAUUCAAUAUUUUUUCAGGAAAUUUACUUGUAUCAAUCGAUUAUAGAAUAUUACAGAAACUGGGGGGAUAUGAAAAUAUUAUAAACAAAUUCAGAGCAGAUAUUUUAUUGAAUGAUCAGUUGCAAUUAAAACAAGUUGUCAUUAACUACUUAGAUGAUCCACAGUCAACUUUCUCCAAGAAGCAGAGAAUCAAUUUCGGUUGCAUAAAAUGCUGCUUAACGUCAUGUACCACUAUUGAUACUGAUGUUUCUGAUAUGGUUGUUAACAAAUGGCUAAAAAAUCUAGGUUGUCCUGAUGCACCUAUGUGUUAUUCUCCAAUGCUUACAUUGCUAGACUUCGGAGGAGUGUUCCUUUCAUUGAGAGAUCAAAUUGGAAAGCUGGAUAAUUUUCAAAUUCAUUGCUCAAAACUGAGGCUAGAAGACGAAUUGUUUGUCAAUAAGGAAAAUUUAAGGAGCAAUAUCAUUCAGCCUAGUGUGUCUGCUAUUGUUAAUUCCUCCAACUCUUUUAACGAAUACUUGAGAGUUGCUGCAUACGGGUUUCCUAUACCUGACGCAACGCUCUGCGUUGUAAAUCCGGACGACAAUACGCUUGUAUCAGAUUUGACAGUUGGUGAAAUCUGGGUCCACUCAGAUAGUCUCACUAACGAAUUCUACCAAAUGGAUAGGGUCAACGACUUUGUUUUUAAAGCGAAAUUGAACUACCAAAAGAUGUAUAAUUUUCUCCUUGAACAGAAUAACUCCUCAUCGGCAUUGGAAAGAUUAGAUACAAUAAUGACUAUAUGCCCAUCAAGUCUUCAAUUUCUCAGGACAAAACUGAUAGGCUUCAUUCACAAUGGUAAGAUAUAUGUUUUAUCAAUGGUAGAAGACAUGUUCUUGCAAAAUCAAUUGAUCAGGUUGCCCAAUUGGUCUCACACAUCUGAUGUUUCCAGAGCCAAAAUUUCGACGGAGAAACCACCUCCACCUACGAGAAAUAGUACGAUUGGCAUUCGCGACAAGAAACGUGUAGUACAAACCUAUUAUCUUCACCAAAUCACCGAAACAUUAGUGCGCACAGUUAAUACUGUUUCAGAAGUAUCAGCAUUUGAAUUGAAUCAUAAUAAAGAAGAACAUUUCCUAGCGGUUGUCAUAGAAAGUUCCAUGGCAAGGCCUGCUGCAACUGCCCUGAUAAGCGCAGGUCAGAACAAAAAUGAGGUUUUGGAAAAAAGGAUGAAUGAGCUGACGGAGCAGGUAUACCGUAUAUUAUGGAUUUUCCAUAAAAUUCAGCCAAUGUGUGUUGUUGUAGUUCCUCAAGGUUCAUUGCCUAGAAGAUAUUGUUCAUUGGAACUCGCUAACAGCACUGUGGAGAAAAAAUUCUUAAAUGGGGAACUGCCGUCGACAUUUGUGAAAUUUCAAAUGGAUAAUAUCACAUUAGAUUUUGUUCCACAUUCUUUGUAUUUCAAUGAAAGUAUAUUUUCCGAGCAUUUAUCGAACUUGAGAAGUGCUGCAUUGAAAGAAACUCAGAGCACAACAUCGCUGGCUAAAGAAAGUCAGUGGCAGAUCUCAGGAAUUGACUACAGAGAAACGUCCAUUGAUGUUGGCACCGGAAAAAGAUUGACCGAUUUUCCUAACAUUUUAGAUAUAUUGGAAUGGAGGAUGAAAAACAAUAGCAAUGAUUCUGCGUUUGAUGAUGGAGGAGAUAACAAUGCGUCAAACAAUGAGAACAACAUCCAUAAAAGGGUAUCUUGGUCUUCCUUUGAAUGCAUAAUUGCUUCUUUCUUGAAAAAAAUAAUUGGCUCCAAGAGCCCAUUAAAACGAGGUGAUAGGGUUCUGAUCAUGUCAGAAAACUCAGUAGAAUAUGUGGCCAUAGUUAUGGCAUGUUUCUACUGUAAAUUUGUCGUUAUUCCAUAUCCAAUACUAAGAGAAAAGUACGCUGAAAAGGAUGUUGAAGAUUUUUGUAACGUGGUAAAAGCCUAUGGUAUCAAAAGAAUUUUUACAGAUGCAAAAACAUACAAUUUUUUUGAUGGAAACGUACCGGUGUCAAAAGUGUUGAAGAAGAAUAAGCAUGUCCUUCCAAAGAUUACAGUAUUUACAAAAGUGAAAAGGAAAACAGGUUUGAGUAUUUCAAUCUUCAAAAAAUAUCUGAAGGCAAACUAUAGCUCAAAACCCGGAACUAAUUCAAACGCUGUACCAUGUAUAGUAUGGAUUAAUAGAGAAUAUGACAUCAAAAGUAAUAUACACGUUACUAUGACACAUUCUGCCUUCAUGAAUUCGUGCAAAAUGUUAAAGGAAACGUUACAGCUGUCACCAGAUAGACCGCUUUUCUCCCUGUGCUCAUACACCACUGGUAUUGGAUUUAUGAUGAGUUGUUUACUGGGUAUUUACGUUGGAUGCACAACGAGUCUUUUCAGUCUAUCUGAGGUGACCUUGGACCCGAAAGAGUUCUUGAUUGGUCUUCAAAACCUGAAUGUAAAAGAUUUAUUCCUCAGAGCUGAAACAUUAUGCAUGCUAGUGGAGAAGGCUAAUAAUCUAAUCAGUCUAUCGAGGAAAAAUACCACAGUAAGUAAAAAAGGAAAUACAACACUAUUGCGGCCCGAUCUCUUUAGAAACGUCCAGAAUUUCAUGAUUCCGUUCUCAGGUCGACCAAAUAUUUACAAGAUAGAAGGCUUGAUUAAAAAAAACACGCAGGUAAUUUUAAGUCCGGUACAAAUAAAUUAUGUCUAUGAAAAUCACUUCAAUCCUCACAUAACUUUGCGGUCCUAUUUAGGAAUUCCACCUGUCGAUCUCUAUCUUGACCCUAUUUCAUUACGAGAAGGAUUGAUCAAGACAGUAGAUCCAUCAACAGUUGAUACAGGAGGCUACUUGAGGGUUCAAGAUUCAGGAAUUGUUCCAGUUUGCACUGACGUAUCAAUAGUUAAUCCUGAGACAAAUAUGACGUGCUAUAACGGAGAAUUCGGCGAAAUCUGGUGUUGCUCAGAAGGAAAUGCUUUUAACUAUUCGAUUUGUGCCGAAGGUGAAAACAGCGGAAAGCGAAUAUUGACUAAAGAUCCCUUUAUCAACGAGCAGUUCAACUGUAAGUUGAAAAAGGAUGUUGAUAAUGGACUGUCAUAUUUGCGAACAGGCGAUUUGGGGUUCAUAAAGAGCGUCUCUUGUCCUGAUGCGUAUGGAAAUGUUGUCGAUCUGAAUCUUCUCUUUGUACUUGGAUCAAUAAAUGAAACUGUCGAAAUUCUUGGACUGACUCAUUUUGUUGAAGACUUAGAAAGAACUGUAAUGAAUCUAAUUUCAUGCUUUGAAAAUUGCAUGAUUUCAAAAGCGGGUGGAUUAUUAGUAUGUUUGGUCGAAUGUCGAGGAGAUAAACAACCUAAGAUGGCAAAUUUGACAGCAUUGAUUGUUUCAGAGCUAUUAAAGAAUCAUGGGGUUAUAUUAGAUUUAUGUGCAUUCGUUAAGCAUGGAACGAUUACUAAUUUUGAUUGGAAUAAGAAUCGUGCUACUCUAAUGAAAGAUUGGUUUAAUCAAAAACUUAUCAUUGAGAAUCAAUUUGGUGUAAACUUUGGUGAAAAUAUUUCAAUAUAUUUACUUUCUGAAUUUGAAAAACAAAGCCAGUAA